AAUCAAAGCAAUUCUAGCAAGCUGAGAAAAUAGAGGCCUUUCUAACGUUUCCAAUGGCCAUGGAUGAUCAUUCUAGAGUCCACGGCCAAAACCAGAACCAAAGCCAAAAUGGUAGUAGUAUUCAAGAAACACAUGAAGUAACUGUGGUCAUGGUUCCCCUUCCAGCACAAGGCCAUCUCAACCAGCUUCUCCAUCUCUCCCGCCUCAUCUCCUCCUAUGAUAUACCUGUUCAUUAUGUUGGCACGGCCUCUCACAACCGCCAGGCAAAGGUUCGCGUCCACGGUUGGGAUCCUCUAGCCAUUUCCAACAUCCAUUUCCAUGAAUUUUCCAUCCCUCCUUAUGAAACUCCUCCUCCCAACCCAAAUGCCCCAACAAAAUUUCCCACACAACUCUUCCCAGUGUUCAACACAUCGAUCAAACUCCGCGAGCCAGUUUACACACUUCUGCAACAACUUUCUCGCACAACAAGAAGAUUGGUAGUUAUUUAUGACUCUCUGAUGCCAUAUGUCAUCCAGGAUGUGGGUUUAAUCCUGAACGCAGAGUCCUACUGCUUUCCAAGCACCUCAGCCUUCACUGUAUACUCGAUUGUCUGGGAACAAGAAGGGAAACCUGGACUAUCCGAGCCUGAACUACUCGAAGCACUCGAAGAUCUUCCAACAUGGGAAAGCUGCUUCCCCCAGGAGCUGACUGACUUUGCAAAAUUGCAACAGGAUUUUAAGCCAAUUAGCUCUGGCUACCUGUUCAACAGUUGUAGAGCUAUAGAGGGUCCAUACCUUGACCUCCAUGUUAAAUCCAAAAUAACCGACUCUGACAAGCAAUGGGCUAUUGGACCCUUCAAUCCAGUUGAGAUGAAUGGGCAGAGAAACUCGGAAAAGAGACACUAUUGCCUGGAUUGGCUGGACAAACAAGCGCCAAAUUCGGUCAUUUUCAUUUCUUUUGGUUCAACAACUUCGGUGUCUGAUGAAGAAGCCAAGGAGAUCGCAACUGGAUUAGAUAAAAGUGGGCAAAAAUUCAUAUGGGUACUGAGGGAUGCAGAUAAAGGAGACGUCUUCCAGGGAGAAGAUAGGAGAACUCAGCUGCCAGAAGGAUUUGAAGAGAGAAUUGAAGGAAGGGGAAUUGUUGUGAGGGAUUGGGCGCCCCAACUGGAGAUUCUUGGACAUUCAUCAACAGGUGGAUUCAUGAGUCAUUGCGGAUGGAACUCGUGCAUAGAAAGCAUUAGCAUGGGAGUACCCGUGGCAGCAUGGCCUAUGCAUUCUGACCAGCCCCGAAACGCGUUACUACUGGAAAAGGUGCUCAAGAUUGGUCUAAAGGUGAGGGAUUGGUCGAAGCAGAAUGAACUUGUGACAUCCAUAACUGUUGAAAAUGCUGUGAGAAGAUUGAUGGAUUCAGCUGAAGGAGAAGAGAUGUGGCAAAGAGCCAAACUAUUGAGCAGAGCUGUGAAGGAUUCUGUUAUGGAAGGUGGUGUUAGUCGCUUGGAGAUGGAUUCUUUCAUUGCUCAUAUUCGUAGCAUUUAGGGGCAAAAGGAGCUGGAAAAUUAACUUUUGAAGCUUUCCUGUCAGUUAGACGUGGGCACGCCUAAGUAUGAUGUCCAAAGCCGGAUUUGCGGGAUUGUUGGCCACGUGCAAACUUCCAAAUAUUUGGAGAUUCCUUCGCGGGUGACAAUUCUGGAACAAUGCUGACUUAGCCAAUUUGCACGUGAAGAGUCAUUUGGCAGCAAGACUUCAAUUGGGAUUUAAAUUGAUUGGGUUCCUUCUUUGACUAAACGUGCUGGCCCACAAAAGCAGGAAGACUACUGGGUCUCUUUUGGAGACAGCCGCACGAGGACUCUAUAAAUACAAUCCCUUCGCUGGCUUCAGGGGUCUCUCGCUCUCUCUCUCUCGGCAGAAACGAGUUUUAGUUUAGGCUUUUAGCAUAGUUUUAGUUUUUCUUUUCUUAGUUCUUUUGCAUGGUUGUUCUCCAUUAAUGGAGAACUAGCUUCUCAAAUCUAGUCAAGGGGACAACUGAAGAUUUGGUUCAA